AUGACGAUAAGGGUAAGGCAAGAGCCAUUAUGGCUCUUGGGUAAGGAUAGUGGUGGUGAUAAUGAUGACGAUGAUAAUGAUAUCGAUGAAGGUGAUGAUAAAGAUAAUAGGGAGCUUAAGCAACUACUACUACGACGACGACGAUGACGACAACUUCAUAAAACAAUAGGUUUAAUGAUCAAAACAACAGCUCUGCUCGUGCAUCACGCUUUUUAGUACAUUUCUCUGACGUCCACUGUACGACUACGACGUGAAACCUCCUAAUUUGACGUUUUAUGGAAGACGUCGACAUACGACGACGAAUUUUCCUUCCCCUUUUUGAACUUGCAUAAAAUCCUUAAGAAUUCAGCUCCAGGAAAAGUCGCAUGCAUUUCACACAUCGCGGGGGUCCAAAUAGACGCGAUUAAGUUUGAUAGAGCGCAAAUUCGUUUUUUUAGCGACGUUUUCACUGCCGCCGUCGUUGUCGUUGCUUAAGGUCCCUAAUGAAGAUAAUGAUGAUAAUAAUGAUGACGAUGAUGACGAAGAUAACAAUACAAAUAACGUUAAUGAUAGAGGUAGUUAUGAUGAUGAUGAUGAUGAAAAUGACGAUAAUACUGAUAAUGAUAAUGAUGGUAAUGAUGUUAAUGACAGGAUGGUGACGAUUUGA